UCAGCUCGUGGGUCUCCCCUGAAAAUCUGCUUCAAAAUCGUAAGCACACAGCAGCAGUCUUUUUGAUAUCUUCAGUGACAGAAGUUCAGAGGGACAGAGGAUGCCUCACCGUCUGUUCCGGCCUCCUCCCCUCCCUCUGAAGCUGGCCUUCACCAUCUCCCUCGCCGUCUCCUUCUCCGUCUCCUGCUGCGCCACCCCUUCCUCACCUUCGUCCCACACAUCGGCCGGUUCCCGGUACCCGGCUCCCUCCCCUCAGGCCGUCGCCGCGGACCUCCUGUCCGUCCUCGCUGGCCCGCGCGCUGCGGCGCAGGUGCCAGCCGCAGAGGCCACGCGGCUCCGCGCCUGCCUCCGGUUUCUCUCCCCGGUCAACCCCGCGGUCUCAAAGGUCUCUUCUUGGAGCGGCGGGGGAUCCCGGAAGUUUCUUCUGGAAGGUCGCGAUGCGGGCGCGGCGGAGGCGGACGAGAUGGUGAUGUGGCCGCCGGCGCCGGUCAUGGAUCUGGCGCGGUUAGCCGUCGACUCCGGAGGCGAUCCCGGGGCCAUCCACCGCGCGCUUGACCCAACAAUGCUGCCAGUACCAGAUGUUGAGGGGUCGCAGAAGAACAAAUGCCAGCUCACAAGAACACCGUAUGGGAGACGCUUUGCCAAUAAGGAGCUCAAUCAAUAUUUUGCGUUCUUGUUUGAAUUGAUUGUGGCACGGGGACCUUCUGUUGGACUAAAUGUAUCACUGAGUCGAUACGAUUUGUUCCAUGGUCAUCUUUUCCUUGCAUCUGAAACAGGACGGCUCGGAAUUCUGUUCCAUGCUAAAGAAUAUCCAGCAUUUAAUAAGGAAUUAUUUCCUUAUAGUUUGGGAUAUUGCCAAGCAGGAUCUAAUGUACCAUAUGAUGAUUCUAUGAACUUGCGCAAUAUCCUUUGGUUGGCACCAUUGCCAUCAAAGGAGACGAAAGCUUGGUUAGCACCAGGAGUCUUGGUCGUUCUGGAUGCACAUCCUGAUGGAAUUAUCUACCAAGAGAUGAUUCGUGACUAUGUUCAGAUUGUAAGAACAGUAUACGAAGAUGAUUUCGGGGAUAAUGCAGUUGAUGUCAAUUAUCUGAAUGUGGCCAAUGCAGCUUCUGCAGAAAGGAUUUUCAUCUGCUGACGACCCUCCAUAUUAUUCACCUUCCCAUGAUGUGAAUUGAUAUAUGGGACAUUUUGAUUUAACCAGAGAUACCCAAGAGAACAACGCUUAGCAAUCGCAAGUUUUAUCUUUUGUUGUACUUAUGCCAUGCAUUUAUAUUUGAUUAGUUCCAGAAAAGUAUGUUUGAUUU